AUGUCGAAUAAUAAAAGUCAUGAUGGAAUUUUAGUACCAGUUAUUGUAAGAUUAUGUAUAGAUUAUGUAAAUGAAUAUGGUCUUGAUUCUGAAGGAAUUUAUAGGAUUUCAUGUCCAAAAACAAGAUUAGAUGAAUUAGAAAAAAUGGCAAAUGAAUAUGGUUGGGUUAAUUUUAAAGAGGUUAAUGAAGCAGCUGGAUUAUUAAAAAGAUUUUUACGACAAUUACCAGAACAUAUUUUAACAGAUCAAUAUUUUGAUGAAUUUGAUAAAAUUUCAGCUUUAUGUACAUGUGAUUAUAAUCAUCCAUGUUCAUGUAAUACUGUGGAGAUGCUUCCAUAUGUUUUUCUUCAUGCUCAAAAUGUUGUUUUAAUGUCAUCUAAAAAUAAAAUGAAUGUACCAGCUUUGGGUGUUCUACUUCAAGCUAUUUUAAAUCUUCCCAGAAAUACUGUUAGAAUUUUUUUGUUGAAUGCUUCAAAUCUUUUGAAUACUUCAAAUAUCAAAGUUGAUUAUUUAUUUGAAGAUGUAAUACUAAAAAAGUAA